GCCUUUGUUCCCUUAUCUCUCUCUCUCUUUGUUUUCUUCUUUAACUUUUCUAGUUAUUAUUAUUAGUUAGGCAUGAGUGAAAAUACUACUUUGGAAGCUAUCAAGUAUACCCCAGGUCAUUUAGAAAUUUUGGAUCAGUUAGCUCUUCCUCACGAAACUAUUUAUGAACAAGUCAAAACUAUUGAAGAUGGUCAUGCUGCUAUCAAGACAAUGAAGACUCGUGGUGCUCCUGCUAUUGCCAUUGUAGCUGCUUUAUCUUUAGCUGUUGAUGUAUCUGCACGUCAUGCCCGAGGUGAAUUUGGUCAAUCUGCUGCUACUGCGUUCACUUUUUUAGAAAACUCUUUGGAAUAUUUGAAAACUUCUCGACCUACUGCUGUCAAUUUAUUCGACGCUGCUAACAAGUUGAGUGCUAUUAAUCAACAAGCUGCUUCCAUUGAUUCCGCUACUGCCUCUUCUGUGGUUCAAACAUACGUACAAGCUGCCGAACAAAUGUUAGUGGAUGAUGUACAAGAUAACAAGAAUAUUGGUAAACAUGGUGCUGACUUUAUUAUCAAGAAUGUUAAAAACAAUAAGGACAUUAGUGUUUUAACUCAUUGUAACACUGGAUCAUUAGCUACAGCAGGAUGGGGAACUGCUUUGGGUAUUAUUCGUGAUUUACAUGCUCGUGGUGAUUUGACACAUGCCUAUUGUACUGAAACUCGUCCCUACAAUCAAGGAUCUCGAUUAACAGCCUAUGAACUAGUAUAUGAAAAGAUUCCUGCGACUUUGAUUUGUGAUUCCAUGGCAUCCGCUUUACUCAAUCAAAAUACAAGUGUCCAAGCCAUUAUUGUAGGUGCAGAUCGUGUUGCUGCCAAUGGUGAUACUGCUAACAAAAUCGGAACCUAUCAACUCGCCAUUACUGCAAAACAUCAUGGUAUUCUCUUUAUUGUCGCUGCUCCUUCUACUUCUAUUGAUCUUAAUACCAAGACUGGCGAAGACAUUGUGAUUGAAGAACGCCCUCCAGAAGAAUUGACUAAUGUUACUGGUAUUCGUCUGGUGGAUGGUAAGCCUACGCCUACCACUGUACGUACCGCUGCUCAACAUAUUGGUGUAUGGAACCCAAGCUUCGAUGUCACUCCAAAUGAACUGAUCUCUGCCAUUGUGACUGAAAAAGGUGUUGUUGUCAAAAAAUCUGGUGAAGCUUUCGACAUGACCUCUUUCCUUUUGUCCUGAUUUAUCUACCCGUUUUCUGCUACUAAUUUUGUUGUAUAUUUAUAUUUUAAAAGUAGUAUAGUAUAUAUAGAUAUCUAUGUAUCAUCAUCCCAUAUAUGUAAUAAAAAUAAUAAAAAAAAUAAAAAAUAAAAACAAAUGUAUUUAUGAC